AUGGAAGGACGCGGCAACGAGGUCCUUGCAGUAGCAAUCUUGUUUCUUGUUCUGACAUGGCUCACUAUGAGUCUGCGCAUCUACGUCCGCGGCUUUAUGUUAAGGACGUGGGGGAACGAUGACUGGGUCAUGCUCGCAACGGUGUUCUGGUAUCUUUGUGAGCUGCUGUAUGUGAUAAGCAGUUGCACUCUCAAAAUCGCCCUCGGCAUCUUCUACCUUCGCGUUGCUCUGCAGCGCUGGCAUGUCUUUUGCAUCAAGCUUCUGAUGGCAGGUACCGUUCUAUUCGGCUUUGUUUAUUUCUUCUUGGUCAUGUUCCAGUGCAUACCAGUGUCCGAAUUUUGGAACGUUCAUCCAGCGACGAAGCGUUGCAUCGAUACAGGUCCUACACUGGGCAUCACUUAUGCAUUAGGCGCCGCCAACGCUGCAGCAGACUGGGCGUUCGGGACCCUCCCGAUCUUCAUUGUGUGGAGCCUGCAGAUGAAUUUGAAGAUGAAGGCCCUCACGGCUGGCAUCCUUGCUUUUGCUGCGAUCGGUAGUAUUGCAACCAUGGUUAGGAUGCGGUACAUCCACACUCUUACUCACGGAGCGGACUUCCUCUAUGCAACGGUAGAUGUGGCUAUCUGGAGUACUGUCGAACCGGGUAUAGGAAUGACCGCAGGAAACAUGGCGACCCUCAGACCCCUGCUGCAAAACUUCCUUUGGCGUCUGGGACUAGCAUCUGCUCCCAACUCAACAAAGGAGAGAGUGGUGCGGAGGUCCGGCCUAAUCAGUGGAAAAAGCGAGCAUAAUCGCAACCGGCGUGGAUUUCGUAGGAGCCUCGAAGCGUCUGACCUCACGCCGGAUGAAGGCAGCACGUUUACAACGAUUACUGGGCCUAAGCAACAUCCACGCAAGAUGAGCUGGCCGCAAUUGAGCCGGCCACUUUCGGUACCUACCAUGGAGCUAGAGAAGAUGGUAGGUGGGAUACAACACUCCACUGUAGUGGAGCAAGAGAUAGAGGGACCACCACGAUUGCAUUUGCGUGACAGUCUGCGGAACAGUUUUACACAUGGGACUAUAUUGAGCAAGAAGCCGCCAGUAGACGAGUCCAGCAACGCUCUGUGUCCGAAAACGAGGGAGCCUGCCCGAUCACAAGCGACGCAAUAA